CAUCUGGUCGGCAGCCCUCCUCCCGUUAGAUUCCCUCACACGUCACAGCAGUUCUGCAUGGACUUAGUCGAUAGGCCUGCCUUUUUAAUAUCAAUUCUCGAGCUGCACAAAUAUUUACUUUAAUUUUUCUGCGCAGUGUCUUAAAAAAAAGGGGAGUAUUUUUGAACAAUAUGGAAAAAGAGAGGAGAUCGUCUAAACAGUACGGCUCUCUGGAGAAGACGCAGGUGGACACAGCGACGGAGAAACCGACAGAGGAUGUCAUUUCCAUGGCUGACUCCACGAUUACCAUCGAGGACAUCGAAGGAGAGCUGUGCAAAAUCGACCGCAUAAGAGACAUCCUCGUACGGAGGGAAUCGGAGCUGCGAUACAUGAUGGAUGACAUCCAGCUCUGCCGAGAAAUCACGAGGCUGAAGACGGAGCUGCAGCAGCUUGUCUCGACUCCAGACGAUGAUAAGUCCAAGGCGGACAGAGAGAGGGAGGAAGAGCUGCUGCAGCAGGUCAACAAGCUGGUGGAGACCAGAGACUUCCUGGUGGAUGACGUGGAGUUUGAGAGGCUCAGGGAAAGAGAGGAAGACAGAGAAAUGGCCGUCUUCUUACAGUCCAAAUUUCCCAAGACAUUGGCUGCAAAAGGUGCUUCGCAAGAUCAAAACGUGGCGUCCAAAUCCCAGCAGACGGCGCCGUUCAGUAAAACUGGACUCACACUGCUGAAAGACUGCUGUGGCUUCACCUGCUCCAUCAUGUAAUACUGUGUGUGUGUGUGUGUGUGUGUGUGUGUGUGUGUGUGUGUGUGUGUGUGUGUGUGUGUGUGUGUGUGUGUGCGUGUGUCUGGCGUACUAGCAGUCACCUUUUGGCGGAAUGGACCGCCAUCUGGCACUGCCUGUACCCGGCUCACAGUCACUUAUUGGCGGCUAAACACAACUACCAACUGCCGCUAAUACGAAGGAGCUCUGUAGCCGGCGAGCAAAGCUCUGUAGUUGGCAUCACGUGACCAGCCGGUGGUCGCCUAGUUUUCGUAGGAAAUCAUACGAAUUGGUGUGCAUACAUUUAACGUACAUAUUACAUACGUACAAACCCGUUUAUGAGAAAGUGUUGCAGAAGUAGGAAUUUGGUGUAAACAGCAUUACUGAUCUUGAAACGAAGGUGAUAUUUCCCCAGUAACAGAACUUUUGCUCCACCGAUUUGCCGGUCCAGUCAGAGAGACACAAAGUUGAAGAAAUUUAAAGCAACACUAUAGAGAACUUUUCCCGCUUCGGUCCCCCUACAGUUUGGAAGCGGAAUUAUCCCAUUAUGUCUCACUGGAACUACAGAUCCUCUACCCGAUCUGGCAAACUUGCAUAGUGCGGUUAUAGCCGAUAGAGAGCCGCAAAGUGAAUGCAGAAGUGCCGUUCACCCUGUUACGAGAUGAUGAACAACUGAAACGAUUUUGGAAACAUUAUUUUAUGUUACAAAAAGUUAUUUAGUGUUGCUUUAACUGGCUGGAGCCUCAUAAUUCCCCUCUACAUAAAAAUUGUGUCACUAAAGGACACCAUUAGCGCUCACAUCUCUGUUGUUGCACUGUAAACCUGAAUGCGCAAAUGAAUUAACUGGAGUAUUGUAAACUUACAGUUUGUUAAGAAGUUCUACUUACUUAAAACAUAUUGUUGAGUUACGGUUAAUUAAUACGUUAAGUUUUUAUACUUAAAAUUAUUCUGUUAUGUUAAUUUAAUACUUUCGAGUUGCAUUUUACUGAUUUUUUAGUUAGCUUAAUUGGUAUUUUAAUUUAACGGUAAUCAAAAAAUGCAAGUUGAUGUUACUCCACAUAUUUAAGCUCUAGCAACGUCAGACUUUUAAGUUUAUAAACUCAACAAAUGUGUGGCAACUGAUUGCCAAAACUUUUUAGAGUACUGCUUACUUAUUCGGGUUUACAGUGUAUUUAAGUCAUAAUUUUGCUUUUGUGUUUUGGACUUACAAGGUUUUUGCCCAACAGCGACGAUAUAUUAUGUGAUUUACUGCUGUGAAAUACUGUGUUUAAAGUCUAGCAGAGAGGAAGCUGACUGCCUAAUACUAAUGCUUUCUGUCUAAUUAAUGUAAUUAGAUACUAUUAUAGUUGCUCUGACCUUCUGUUUGGGAUGGAUUAGCUGUUAAAGACUCACUGAGGGAACAAACUACACUUGCUGUAGUUUGUUCUGUAUUGAGUAUUAUUGUUAGGCUUGUGAUUACGUUUGUUUUUGAUUAUUGGGAGUGGUUUCAUCUUUUUUUCCUUAUUCAGUUAAUCGUUGGGGCCAUCAAAAUGUUACAGUUAGCAUUAGCAGCGGAGGAGGGGAGAUGCCGUAUAUGAAAAUGACAAUUUUAUGAAUAAAAUAAAAAUGCAGACCUUUGUACUUUCUGUUGGUCAUCCGAUGUAGACACAGUUGAGCAGAUUUAUGCAGAAGGCUGUCUCGCAAAUAUUGUUCAUUUCUGUUUGCUACUCAGUUACUCAGCAGGCCACAAGUUAAACCAAAGUCAGAUAUCUGAUCCGGAUGUAAUUAGUCAUUAAGUAAUAUGCCUUAAAAGAGAAAAUGUGUAUUCUUUUCUGUGACUGUAGAAUGUAUCAUCUUUUGCAAUGCUGUUUUGUUUCGGCCCCUUUGGAGCUUCAUCAAGAGUAUUUAAAAAUCUUGAGUAUUUGGAUACUCUUGAUGAAGGUCCAGA